GGAGUGACUGUCUUGGAGCGGAGGCAGCGCGCGCACUUACUCUAACCCUACCAUACAUGUUCACUUUACUCCUGGCAGAAACGCGUGUAUUAUUUACACUCAGGACACAGACAUUCACCUAAAAUGUGCUAAAAACUGGUAUUUUGGUGGACGUCCUAUCUUUGCGCGUUUUCAGCACUGAGGAAGUGGAAAGGGUGACAAUGUCACGGCAUCGUUCAAGAUCCCCUCUGCACUCAAGAAACUCUGCGCUGCUCGGAAGGCGAGACGGAUAUUACGGUGAGCAGCACCAUGCGCCUGUGCACUCCGAUUCGUGGAGAGAUUCAGGAAAUGUUGACAACAGGAACACGGAAGGUGACGUGCACUGGGAUAACGCGUCCUCUCAAGCAGAGGAGCAGGUCGACCACUGGGCCAAGUUCAUCGAGGCUAUAGAUCAAGCCGGAAAGCAGAAAGCCCUGUCCGUGUCGAGGUACCAUGCGAAGGAUGGAGUCCAGAGUUUUCAAGAGGACUCGGCACAUUCUUUAAGACAGCUGUCCAGGGAGAGAUUGUCUUCCCCGGAAAUUUCACACUAUAGGGGGGGACAUCAUCACAGAAUUCAGUCUCCAGGCCAGAGGAGGAUCGAGCAGGAGACCGCUCACGUAGAUAGACGCUAUUCAAGAAGUUCUAGUCCCCGGCACUCGCAAGGAAAGAGACACUACAGAGUGGAACAGGGAUAUCAUGAUGAACAGCAUGGUGAUAGAUAUGAAAGGAGCUCCUAUAGCGAGAGGUCGCUGAAGUCAAAUUAUACGGAGCAUCAACUCCAUUUCAAAGAAUACCAACAUUUGAAUCCACAGGAGGAACAUAGUAUGUCGCACAGGGACUUCAGUUCACACCGCGCACCCAUUAUAGUGGAGCAUGAUCAUGGAAUCCAAAAAGAUGAUGCAAGGCUCCACAACCCAGACAGGGACCGAGAAUGCCGGAGGAGCCGUGAUCCAGCCAGAGACCGAGGCCAUCCAAGGAACCAAGAUCUAAUCAGAGAGCGUCCGAGGAGCCGUGAUCCAAUUGGAGACCGAGAGCAACCGAGGGUCAGUGUUUCUGUUAGAGACCGAGAGCAUCCAAGGAACCGUGAUCCGAUCAUGGACCGAGAGCAUCCAAGGAGCAGUGGCGCCGUUAGGUACCAGGAUCAUCCAAGAAGCCAUGAUCCGGUUAGCGACCGAGAGCGUCCAAGAAGCCGUGAUCCUCUGAGGACCAGAGAUCCAUCAGGAGACGGAGAUUAUCUAAAAAGCAGUGAAGCACAUCGAGGCAGAGAUCUCACCCGGAGAAGAGAAUCAUCAAGAAGCAAGGAGCUCCAUAACCAUGCAAGGGAAUAUAACCAUCCUCCAGGAAUGGCACAUGAUAACUCGGGUGGUUUGUCCACCUAUCACAUAAGGGAAGAAGUGAGUUUCCGUAACCGUUUGGCUGAAAGAGGUCCCUUGCGAGACCUGAGACAGCACAAGGAGCAACCUAGGAUGGGAUCACAUCCAAGAGAGCGGCUCGGACCAAGGGCUGUGGAUGACCAGGACUUCAGAACAGAUGAGCGCGAAAGAGCCAGAGUCUCAGGUCAUGACUGGGAGGAAGAGAGACAACCUAGAGGGAACCACGGUGGUAUGUUGGGACAAGGAAACGUCCCAAAAAGGAAUCCCCAACAUAGGAACCCAAGCCAUCCUGAAGCUAGAAAGGAUUUUGCCAGUCACGAGACUCUCAAGAUCAAAGUGGACAUGAGUCGUCCUGUGGGCCAGAGCAGCCACUUAGGCUAUUCGUCUGAAAGGCAGCUGUCACUCGAUUUGGUCAAUGUGGGUCGGCAGCGUCUCGACUUCCUGCCCAUGCUGGAGCACUCGGGUACCUUCAGAGAGACGGCGGUGCACUCCGGGACCUUCGCUCAAGAGAUCAUCACUCUGGUUCAUCAGGUCAAAGAAAAUUAUUUCCAGGGUCAAGGCAUCCCCCUCAAUGAUCGUUUCUCUAACGAACAAGAGUAUUCUAUGGUGGAUGAUUUUGCAGAAGAAGAGCAAGAGAUGGAGGCCAUCAGGUCUGUCGUGAACAGUCCACUUGGCUCUACAUCUUUAGACACUCAGAUUUUCUGCAAGAUUGGACCGUUGCAGUCGCAGAAGAAGCUGCAUGUUCCUGCUCCUGGUGACCUUCGGCACGACCUGGAGAGGAAACGACAGGAGAGACUGGAAGGUGUGAAGAUCACGAUCGCUGGAGGGAACUUCUCUCAGAUACUGGCUCAAAGUCAGGAGAGAGAGAGUGCAUAUGUGGGCGACCUGGAGGAGGCCAGUUGGGUUGAGGACGUACCGCAGCAAACAGAAAACUGGGACGACCCUUGUGAGAAACGGCCCGUCCAGAGUUAUAACGCUAGGCGGAAUUUCGGCCGCGUCCGCGGUCCACGCAUUAAAAAAAAUUUCUAGUAACGGGUGCCAGAUGGUGAGGAACAGAACCGAGGUCAAGCUCUAGUAUCGUAAAACGCUCCUGUGCGCAUCCAAGUGUUGUAUUUGCUUUUUUACCUUUUACUUCUUUGCUUCUUGUCUUCAUUGGCUUCAUUUCACUGUUGGUCAAACACUUCAUAAAUUGCUUGUUUGUAAAAAUUCUCCCAGUUCACUCAUAUGCAUCAUAAAGAGAUCACCAGACACUGUAGUGGUUGAAAUUGCGAGAGAAAAGUUACAUAUUCAGUUUCAUGUACAGCACGGAGACUGGACGUGUUCAUCAAUGUCUUGGUGAUUUUUUUUAUGGAGCCUGAGACAUUUAAACCCUCCUCUUAUAAUAAAACUAAUGCCUUUUUCACAACCUGGUCAUAUUUGCUAAACUUGUGCAGAGUAUAUUUUGUUUAAAUUAAAGCAUUUCAAUUACAUCUGCUGAGGAAAUAAAAUGUCUCCUAACAUUAUGAUGUUUAGGUACAUUCUGUGCCUUUCUUCUCUCCAUACACUUUCUGGUCUUUUAAGCAUUUUUUUAAGAGAAGGAACUGUGUGUAUUUCUUUAGAAGAAUCUUCAUCUGACAUUGUAUAUAUAGUUUUGUAUGCAAUAAAUAUACAAAAAUAA